AUGGCUAGUUUUCACUACGACUACUCCUUAGAGGGUCCAAGAUUUAGGCUGACACUUCUAGUCGACACGGAGAAGAACAAGGUUGUGUUGGCUGAGGCGGGUAAGGGUUUUGUUGAUGUGCUCUUUCGUUUUCUGGCGCUGCCAAUGGGUGCUAUCGUGCGAUUGCUGGAAGGGUAUAAGCUGAAUGAGAAGCCUCAUGAUGUAGGCUGUUUUAACAAUCUCUACAGCAGUGUAUCUGAUAUGGGCAUCCAUGAUUUCAUGAGCGAAGCUUGUAAGGAUAUGCUUUUAUAUCCGAGGUAUGUGAAAGAGAAGCAAUGCAGACGGCUUAAGCUUAACAUAUAUGAUUAUGAUGAUGAUAAUACCAAGUACAUUAAAGAACAUCAUGAAAGUGGUUGUGAUGAAAUAUUUGCCACCGAGAAGACAUCUUUCCACAUUACAGAAAACAUGGAAGUGGAAUUUGCAUCUAUUAUUCUCGCCAGGAGGACACUUUUGAGACUCGGUUAUACUAGUUUUGAUAAGUUGAAGCUACAGUACGUAGAUGUUCACCACAAACAGGUUCUAUCUCUGCUCAGUUGCUUGUUCUCUUCAGAAACUCCUUUGACUGAUGUUUUUUUGAAGAAAAAUAGCUCUUGUGGUAUGACAAGGCCGCAUGAAAUGCUAUUGCCAACUAUAUUUGUGCAAGAUGGAGAUGAAGCAAAGGCAGAUGAAGUUGUGUCACUCAGUGUAUUUGUUAGGAAGCAGGACAUAAAGUCCCUGUGGGAAAUAACUGGAGGCAAUAAUAUCGAACUAGGAUGCAUUGGCAACUUUUGUAAAAGCAUGAAGAAUUUGAGCUCUAGCGGAGGAAAUGCAAUGAUUCCUUGGCAAUAUAAGUUGGACAAAUCAUUUCUUGGUGUACGUUAUCAAAACAAUGAUGAUAGUAGCAGUGGGACUGAGAAAAGAGGGCAAACACACAUGAUGUCAGAUGAUCUUACUAAUUGCAUAAUGAAGAAGUUGGAAGUGGACUUGGAUGAUUUCAAGGACUCUGUAAUCCACAUUAGCAAUUUAGAGGGAAUUAGUCUAUUGAGUGAAACGGAACCAAAAACUGACUUUGUUGUUGAACCCACGGUACCGGUUAGUAGUGGGUUUGUGAAGAGAGGGGCAACAUACAUGAUCUCAGAUGAUCUUACCAUCACAGCUGCAAACUCAUGGUCAGCUAUUUCCUUACUGAAGGAGUUGGACACAAACUUGGAUGAUAUGGAGGAACACGUAAUUAACAUCAGGAAAGCAGAGGCUAUUAAUUUGCUAAAAGCUUCAUUGGUGACAUCCACUCCCUUGACCACCGCUCUCGGGAACUUACUUUUAAAGAAGCCUUUAGUGGAGACAAGUUUUGCUGAUUACCGCGUCGAAUUUCCCGGGGAGGUUGAUCUUGAAGACAUGCCUUAG